UGAUAGUUAUAAUAAUACGUUACGCUUAUAGUCCCCAAUGUUUUGAAAGUCCGUACGUACAGGUUGUAUAUUUUUUGACUGAAAAAUGUCGAAUCUUUUGGAGUUAAUGGAACGAUUGAAUAAAGAGGAGGAACUUCAAUUAGCCGACAUGCAAAAUCGUUUUGCUGAACAAGACAGAAAAUAUGAAGAGUUGAAAAAAACACUGGAUUUCUACAAAGAUGAAACUCACAAGCACACAGACAGCUUCAUGAAAAGUUUAGACAAGUUAGUGUCAAAUAAACAUACGAUUGAGAAGGCUCUUAAGCGAACGGAGAACCUCACCGGUUUGUCAGUACCUCAGGAACAGCAUAGCACUGUCGUAGAUUUAGUUGCCAAAAUGGCCAACUUUGUAGGCAACAUAAACAAUGUUAUAGAUGCACCCAAUACUACUUGUCCAGAUGCCAUUCACGAGGAUGUGGUCAAUAUUAUGGAAAGAACAGAAAAUGAUUUGAAAGUCUGCCGUACAGAAGUUACUGAAAUACAGGAUCUGCUGUACAAUACAAAAUCUCUUAAUAGAUUAUUAAAUGAUUCUAACGAAGAACCUGAAAAAUUGUCUGACACAAUUCUCGCUUGAAAAAAAGGAAAAAAUGUGAUAUUUAAUUUAUGUACAGUUGUAGUUUAAGGAAAUGUUAUGAUCAACAUAAUAUAGUUAUUUGUAUUUUUUAUAAAAUAAUAAACAUAUUUUUUAUGAAUUAA